GUGUUUUUGUUGCAGUGUUACUGAUGUAGUGAACAUUUUCUUCCUAUAUAUAUAUAUUAAAAAAUAUAUAUUUAUUAUCAUCAAAAGGGGUUUUCGUUAAUUAAUCUAUAAGAAAAGCUGGAGACUUGGCAGUAACAUGUACAUAAAUAUGAAUCUAUUAAAGUAAAGCCAGCUGUUAAAGAUGGAGGAAAAGCAGUUUGAGUCUCAGAUGCAGCACAUGGAUUCAUAUCAGCACUGGUACGAAGCAGCACAUCAGCAGUUUCAGCCAGAACCAGUUCCUCAGUACCACCAGAUGGUUAACGCUUUUCAAUACCAGCAGGAUGUUCUAGAAUAUACUGAUCUGAAUGAACUAUCAGACCAUAGAGAGCCAGCUCAGAUCAGUCAGCUUCAUCAGCUGCCUGUCCAGCCUCCAGCUCUUCCUUUAACACCUGAGAAAGGGAAGAAGCGUGGACGACCACCCAAGCAGGGGAAAAACGACCAAACCGACGCUGAAGUCAUUGUGAAAAAAGCCAAACGAACUCUGGACAGGUUUAACGGCAUGUCUGUAGAAGAGGUCAUGGCCAAAAAACUGCCAGACGUCAUCACCUACAACCUGGACAUUUUGAUAAUUGGUAUCAACCCCGGGUUGUUGUCAGCCUAUAAAGGACGACAUUACCCAAAUCCAGGAAACCAUUUUUGGAAGUGCCUGUUCUUAUCAGGGCUCACGGAGGAGCAACUGAACUACAUGCACGAUCAGACUCUUCCAGAAAAAUACGGCAUCGGCUUUACUAAUAUGGUAGAGAGGACUACACCUGGGAGCAAAGACCUCUCAAACAAAGAGAUUCGAGAAGGAGGCAAACAACUUCUGGAAAAGCUCCAGAAAUACAGGCCACGAAUCGCAGCCUUCAAUGGGAAAUGUAUUUAUGAAACAUUCUGUAAGGAGAUUUUUGGUGUGAAAGCCAAAAACCUGGAAUUUGGUCUGCAGCCCUACAGAGUUCCAGAGACAGAAACGGUUUGUUACCUGAUGCCAUCAUCCAGUCCACGCUGUGCUCAGUUCCCUCGAGCUCAGGACAAAGUUCAUUUCUAUAUUAAGCUGAAGGAACUCCGGGACCAGCUGAAGGGUGUGAUUCAGAGCCAGGACAUUCAGGAGACACAGUACACGUUCGACGUGGUCAUGGCCAAAGAGGAUGCCAAAAAAAUGGCUAUCAAAGAAGAGCAGCAUGACCCCGGCUAUGAGGAGGGCUCUACUAGUGUGACGCAGCAGACGUGUAGCUUCUCUCAUGCUAAUGAACCAGGCGCUGAACAUUCUGCAGCUAUGGGACAGGUCGAGUCCAACCAGUGGACGAUGCAGCCGUUCACAGACCAGAUCCCAGACAUUAGGUACUCCAGCAACACUGAGACAUCACAAUAUUUUUGAUGCGUUUUUCUGAAGCAAGUGCCUUCUCAGCUCUUCUGAACUGAAAGGAAAAUCGAUUUAAAGCAUUUUUAUAAGUUACCUGACUUUCCAGUCAUGUAUUUCUAUUUAUUGUGAUUAGUAGAAUGUGUAGCUCAUGUACUCCAAAGCCAGUGUUUUGUUUUUUUAAUCUUUAUUUUUGUCGGUAUUUUAUGAACCUGUGUAUGCAGAAGUGAUGUAUUUUACUUGUAAAUAGCAGCAUUCUGUAAAACUAAGCUGCAUAUUUUCUCCUACUGUGAUGACACAGUACUCAAGACUGUAGUUUAAUUAAGUUCAUUUUUAUUUUUUAAACUAUACACACAACUUUUCAGCAAUGCUAUGUUUUUACCAGGUUCAAUAUGUUUACUAUGCUGAGGUCAUGCAUGAUGCAUGAGUUAGACUUCUUGCACAAUAUUUCACACUAAAUCAUACUCGUUGGUGCUUUAUUUAUGAUUUGUGACCUCAACUGAAGGGUAUUUUAUACCUUUGCACUGUGUGAUCGUGGAAUUUUUGCACAAACCGUGUAAAACAGGAUUCGCAAACUAAACUUCAGAUGGACAACUUCACGCAAGAACACCAGGAAACUACAAAAGCCUGCAGUGCUGUGGUCUUCUAGGACUGAUAUUUAACAAACCAGGUUCCACUGCUCUGUCGGCCGUUCCGUUAUUAUGUACUGGUUGUGUUUAAUGACACGGUUACAAAUUUACAGGAGAAUUUGUUGUAAAUGCUCUUGUAAAAUGUUUCCACGGUGUUUUGAAUGUUCAUCAAGUUUUCACUGUACAUAUUUUUUGUAUUUAUGGUGUAAUUUUGUACCGUGAUAUUUUUUUUUUUUUUUUUUUAAAAACAUUUGUGUUUUAAUAAAAUGAAUAAUAUUCAAGCACCCAGUCACAGCUGGACUGUUCAAAAUAAAAAUAAUCUCAACCAGCC